UCACAUGAGCAAGAUCCAGGUACCAGGUGCCUCCAUACUCACAGCAGGGGUAGCCCUAGUGAUCCCUCUAAAAAUAAUCUUAAGGGGCCAGAGUGACAGCCCAGUGAGUCGUGUUUGCCUUGUAUGCAGCUGACCCAGGUUCACUCCCUGGCUUCCCAUAUGGUCCCCAGAGCCUGCCAGGAGCGAUUUCUGAGUAUAGAGCCAAGAGUAACACCUGAGCACCACCAGUGUAGCCCCUCAAAAUAAUCAUUUUAAAAGGGAAUGGGACCAGAGUGAUAGCACGGCCAUAGGGCAUUUCCCUUGCAUGCAGACAACCUGGGACAGACCUGGGUUUGAUCCCUGGCAUCCCAUAUGGUCCCCCAAACCUGCCAGAAGGAAUUUCUGAGUACAAAGCCAGGAAUAACCCCUGAGCACUGCAAGGGUAUGGCCCAAAAAACAGCAACAACAAAAGUAAAAGGGGACCCUUACCAAGGAGAAGGAGGCACCCAGUAAGGGGCCCAUAGAGAGUCAUGUGUUGAGACCCAGCCUCUUCCAGCCCAGCUGAUAAGCUGAGGGGAUCUGGGGAGCCCCUUUCUCUGCCCAGCCGUGAUGCCAAAAGUGCCCCCUCCUAAAGCCAGUGUGACUAGUCCCUUCCGUCACCACUGCCUCUUCCACCCAGAGGAGGGAUUCACAGACCCCAGAGAUAGGCAACUGUAGGACCUUAGUUCCCAGAUCCCACAGAACAGGGAGGGAGAGCUGGGUGGGGGCGCUCUGUGCUGCCUGGGGAGGAGAAAGAACUGGAAGUCUCCAUCCUGCUGACACCUUGCCAUUCUCAGCCUCAUCCCAGCUGCCCCAGGAUACCCUCAGGUCCCCCACCAGGCGUCAUGCAGAGGGGGUGGCCUGGGUGUCUCCACAUAGAUUGGGCACGUCUAGGGGUCCCAGAGCUCCAUGGAGGUGAGGACGCAGACCUGGCGACUCCAGGGGUGAUCCCUCACCUUCUAUUCAUCCUGCCUGAAGGCACUGGAGUGGCUGCACCCCUGUCUUUGGGGACCCAGCCAGAAGAGCCAGCCGGAAGCUGCCCCCACCCCCAGCUGCUGAACCAUCUGCUCUGGGGAGACUCAAACAAAGAGAGGCUGGCGGGUGAGGACGAGGAUGGUGACAGAGACCGGGACAUUGAUGAGUCGUCACCCCAGGACUCCACUCCCUCCCAGGACUCCCCAAAUCUGCCGAGCUUCCCACAUCCUGAGAUGGCUCCCAGCGUCGACCCCGGCAGCCCCAACACCCCUGACGAGGGGGGCACCUUCCUCCCCCAUGUUCCUGCUGAGACUCAGGCCCUGGGGUCCCAAGUACCCAGCACAGGGGGGCAGGACACACCCUCCCAAUUCACAGCCCAUGUGGACAGCCAGGCCAGCGGGCAGGAGUCAGGGUGUGCAGAGGUGGAUUCGGAAGGGGUGGCGAUUUAUGGGGGGCCCCCUGGGAAUGGACAGAAGCCCGAGGGCCACGCCGUGGGAGAGGACACAAAGGACACUGCCCCACCGGAACCUCCUGGAAAGCAGCCGCCCAGCCGGGUCCCUCAGCUCAAAGGUGUGUCACCCCCUGCGGGGGUCCUCCCAGCGCCCUCGAGGGCCCCCACUGAGCUUCCAGCCCUUAGCACCUGCCGCACCAGGGACAGCAGCAGUGAACCCCAACUCUGCUGCCCUUCCUUGGCCCCCACUUGGCUCCAUGGCACUGUCUCCUUACGCUUGCCCUCUUCCUUCUGCAUGAUGCCAGCCCACUCCCAUGGCGCUCCCCAAUCUUUUCUUGCUGCCACUGGAUCCCCCACAGUCCCCGAUACCCAGACCAGUGGCUGUUUCCAGGGGCCUCUUCGGUCCCUUCAUGUGCUGCCUGGAUCCUCCCAAGUAGCACAGCCACUAUCACUUUGCAUAUGAAGAAACUGAAGAUCAGGUU